AUGGAGUCAGCGCUGUUGGAUGGCUGGAAGGAGGAGAGGGCGGAGCUGAGGGCAGAGGUGUCUCGGCUGCAGAAUGAGCUGGCUGAGAGUCACGCUGAGAGGGAGGAACUGGAGUCCCGUGCCCAGGCCCUCACAGACCGGGUGAGUCCCCACCCCCCCAGGCCCUCACAGACAGGGUAAUCCCCCCCACCCACUCAGGGAGGUGAAUCAUCGCCCCCCCCCCCCCAAGUUACAUUUCAACUAUUCUUGCGGGACCAGACCUCAACACUGUAUUUUUGUUCGAGAACGGGUUGAGUUCUGGUCUUCUGGAGAAACCUACAAUUGCUGGAGUCAAGGCUUUCUUGUAGGGCUGACCCCAUUUAGUGGUCUGGUCGAUUGUUUGGUCGUUAGGCUGUUGGUCGACCCAUAUUGUUUUAGUCGAGCAGUAACAAAUAUAUAUAUUUGCGCCCAUCUCAGUGAACUAAUCCAUUGCGGAGGCCUAGACUAAAAGCCAAUGUCUGAGGCUCCAUAUGGAAGGUGUGACUCAAUUGCGGAGCCUCCAGAAGCUCUGUAUUGCAUCGCCAUGGCGUCUCCCAGAUGUUGUAAUAAUGCGGAGGGCUCUGCAUAGCUCCGUUCUGCAUCGCCAUGGCGUCUCCCAGAUGUCGUAAUAAUGCGGAGGGCUCUGCAUAGCUCCGUUCUGCAUCGCCAUGGCGUCUCCCAGAUGUCGUAAUAAUGCGGAGGGCUCUGCAUAGCUCCGUUCUGCAUCGCCAUGGCGUCUCCCAGAUGUCGUAAUAAUGCGGAGGGCUCUGCAUAGCUCCGUUCUGCAUCGCCAUGGCGUCUCCCAGAUGUCGUAAUAAUGCGGAGGGCUCUGCAUAGCUCCGCAGUGACACGAUUGGUUGACGGUAGGUGGGGGCGAUAUAUAGAAAACACAAACUCACUUCCUUGACAACAGCUCUGCACUGCUCUGCGAAGCGUGAGAAGUAUGAAUGCCCUUCUACUGAGGCCGUAUUGACCAUGCGCCCAGAUGCACAUUGAACUUCUCUCUCCAGAAUGCACUCUUUUUUCCCGCCAAUUUGUGCACAUUCAUUGUUUCAUAACUUUCAUUGUUUGAAUUGUUUGCGUUUGAUUGUUAGUGUCUAUCAAUUCCCCAUUACAUAUAUCACCAGUAGUGCAUUUACCGUUAAUUCCUAUAAUUUCUAAUCUGUAAUGUUUGUUACUUUGGUUACGGUCAUUUCUGUUAAUGCAUUCAAUAUUGUUAUUCCAGUCUUCCUGUUAUCAUUGUCUGAGUGGACACAUUGUUUGCAGAGUACACAACCUACUACACUUGUGAGAAACAAGUUUUGGUUUAUUUCAUUACAUUUAUGAGUUCUGUCAAUUUAGACAUUGUCUUUUGUUUGGAGCUCCUGUCAAUGUUGAGUAAAGACGCAUAGAAGUAGUCCUAUAGGCUACCUGGCCUGAACGCAAAUGGAGGGUUAGGGUUAGGGUUAGUGCUAAUGGAGGGUUAGGGUUAGGGUUAGUGCUAAUGGAGGGUUAGGGUUAGUGCUAAUGGAGGGUUAGGGGUUAGGGUUAGUGCUAAUGGAGGGUUAGGGUUAGUGCUAAUGGAGGGUUAGGGUUAGUGCUAAUGGAGGGUUAGGGGUUAGGGUUAGGGUUAGUGCUAAUGGAGGGUUAGGGUUAGUGCUAAUGGAGGGUUAGGGGUUAGGGUUAGGGUUAGUGCUAAUGGAGGGUUAGGGUUAGGGUUAGUGCUAAUGGAGGGUUAGGGUUAGGGUUAGUGCUAAUGGAGGGUUAGGGUUAGGGUUAGUGCUAAUGGAGGGUUAGGGGUUAGGGUUAGGGUUAGUGCUAAUGGAGGGUUAGGGUUAGGGUUAGUGCUAAUGGAGGGUUAGGGUUAGUGCUAAUGGAGGGUUAGGAUUAGGGUUAGUGCUAAUGGAGGGUUAGGGUUAGUGCUAAUGGAGGCAUAAAUGUGCCCAUUUGGGGAUCUGAUAGUAUUUCUGAUUGGCUUAAUGCACCACCACUAAUGACCUGUGGAGCUUCUCAAAGUAAUGUUUUCUUCACCUCAAAAACAGCAAGCAAACAAAGUCUGUUUUUACAUCGAUUGAGAAUGACAAUAGUUCCUUAGUGUAUCUGAAACAUCUUUCCAUCUCUCCCCCUUCGAUAACCACUCAGCGUGACAGGGAAAAAAUGUAACGCUCUGAUCCAGGCCAUGUGUAGCCAAUGUGAUUUAUAGGAUAUUUGUUUUUAUCAGGAUAUUUUCUACCUGCAGGUUGCAAUGUUUUUAUUUGUUGGCUUUAUGGAGGCUAUUUUUACAUAGUUGGCAAUAUAAGUUACUUUUUAGGUUUGUAUCAUUUUCAUUUAGAUUUGGAUCGAAUUUUUAAUUCACCACAUUACAAUGAUUUAGAGAUAUAAAGACGUUAUUAUAAAUUAAAUGAAACAGUUUCACGACAAUGUGCAUAUGGAAACCAUAACUGGCACGCAGCUCGGUAGAAAUUGUAAGAUAAAUUGGCAUUCCACAUCAGAAUGUUGCCGACUCCUCGUGUAGCCUAUCACCGACAACUUCAGGAGAGUAACGGCAGAAUCUGAGAAAGCCAGCAGGAGCGGAUCUCUGGCGCCCUCUUGAGGCAUUUGUCUUAUUUCAUCCAACCGUAAGCUUAAAGCAUCCGACCAGCUCAAUGCAUAUAGUUGAUUUUAUUAAAACACAUAGGGUGUGUCUAUAUAUGGAAAAACACAUGUUUAAAAAUGUCAACCAAUCGAUUGGUCGAAAGAACAGACGACUUUCGGUCAACCAAUAUUUUUUUUUUUUGUCAGGGGCAGCACUAUUUUCUUAUCCAUUUACCAAAAUACAAAAUAAUAAUAAUAAUAUAAAUGGCAUAUUAUUAUUAUUAUAUUAUUAUAUUAUUAGCCUCAUAUAUCUGUCUCUUUCUAUCCUCUGGUUAGCUGUCCCAGUCACUGGACCCAUCCCUGUGUGUGUCUCUGCGUCUGGACAGCGAGUGGAGAAGGAAGAUGAGAGAUGGCAGAGAGAGGGAGGCCAGGCUGGUGUCACCCAGGUACCAAAACCACAAAGUAAAAAACCCCUCCCAUUUCUAAAUGUAUUUUUUUAAAAUGUGAUUUUAAAAAAACAAUAAAAAAAAAAGGAUUUUUGCCAAAAAAUUUUUAAAUUAAAAAAAACCCUAAAGAAAAAAGGGGGGGGGGGAAAAAAAAGGGGAAAGAAAGGGGGAAAGGGGGGGGGGGCCCCCGGGGAAAGGUUUAAAAAAGGGGGUUUUGGGGGGUGGGAAAAGGAAACUGAUCUCCCUUUUCCUUUCUUCUUUUGGGUUUUUUGGGGAGGGGGGAGGAUUAAAGGGAUAGCCCCAGGGCUCCUUAAGAGCGCCCCCAUCAGGGGUUUGGGGGGAAAGAACAGCAGAGGGGGGUGGGACACAUUAAACGACACAUCAGAGGGCACAAGCCCUGACUUUCAUAGGGGUUGAAAAACAAAUUAAAGAAGAGUCAGAAUUGGGAAAAGUUGGGGAAAAUGCGGGUUUGAGUGUUCUCAAAAAAACCCCUAUUUUUUGACCCCGGUAGCCCAUUAGUCUUUCCAAAUAAGACAGAAUUUAUUGUUUUUAAAACCCGAAUUUUUCCCCCCUCCUGUUUUUUUUGAUCAACCGGCCCGUUUGUUUACUGGUCAACAAGUUUGCCCGUAAUGAUCAAUUAAAUGAUUUUAGCAAUAUUGAAUCUGAAACUGGGGAAAAUACUAUCAGAACCCAAAUUUUAAAAACAAAGAGCUUUUUUAUUUGGGGGGAGAUGUGAAUACAGCACUAACUAAGUUUUUUUAAAAAAAAGGUUUAAAGGGGGCCCCGGGGGUUUCACUAUCGCCCCCCUACCUUGGGUAAAUAUUUGAUAUUUUUUAAAUGUUUUCCCUAAAGUUGGGGGUCCCCUUCGGAAUAAAGGCCCCUAGAAAAAAUUGUUUUAAACUUUUAAAUUUCCCCUUUUUGGGGUUUGUUUGUGAGCAGGAGGGUAGGGGUGGCAGAAUGAAAGUUCCUUGUUUUGGCCCCGCCAGCCAACCCGGGCAGGGGUUUAAAAUUUAAGCAUGAGGGGGGGGGGAUCUUUCAAAAAAAGACCCCCUGAUUGGGCCAAAGAAGUGGGGGGGAGGGCGGGGCUGAGGGAAAACCCAGGGAGUGGGAAAAAAGAAAGAGAAAGAGGGGGAGAAUGAUGGCCCGAUUGGAAAAAAAAGGGGGAGAUUUAGUCUUUCAAUUUGGGGGUAAAUUGGGGGAUCCCCUUUUUUUCAGGGAGGGGGGAGGGGGGGGGGGAAAAGGGGGAGGGAGGGAAGGAGAGGGAAGGGGCCCAGAGAAGGAAAAGGGGGAAAAAGGGGAGAGAGGAGCGAGAAGAGAGAGGGAGAGGGGAACGAAAAAGACGAGGAGAUGGGGGAGAGGAAGGGGAGGGGGCUCUUUGGCUCUCUAGCAGCCUUUGUUUAUUUUUUCCUUGAGUCCUCUUUUUCUAUCUCUUUUCUCCCCUUUUCUUCUUUUUCCCGUUUUUGGGCUUUUUUUCGCUUUUUUUUUAAACCCUUUUUUUUCUCCCUUUUUUUUCCCCAGCGAGACCAAAUAAAGUUUUGACCAGGGGCCGAGUUUUCCCGAGGCCGUCUGGGGGAGAGGGGAUAAAUCUGAGACGACAAUGCACAUAUGGGAAAACUGACCCUGACGGUGCCCGGGAAAAAAAAUUUUAAAACCCGUAUUUAAAAAUCUCUAUCUUCCCGGGUUUUGUUGAAAAGGCAACCCCAAACCAUAUAAGUGCACUACUUUUGACUAGGCCCCAUGGCCUGGGUUUUAAAAAAAACCCUAGUGCUCUGGUCAAAAGUUUGUGCAAUGUAUAGGGGUUGGGGUGCCAUUUUGGACGUACUUUGUAUUGUGAAUAAGUCCCGGUUUUGGGAAUGAUUGUUGUUUUUGAUCCCCCCCCACAGGGACCUUUUGGGGGUCAGGGUUUAGGUUUUUCUACCCUUUUUUCCUCUUCCUCUCCCAAUGGGGGUUUUAGGGUUUUUCUUCUUUUAUGGGCCCGUGACCCUAACCCAAAAAGCCCCCAUCCGGGUUCCGCCCCUGCCUUGCCCCAAACCCCCCCCCCUCCCCCCCGGGCCCCCCCCUCUCCUCCACCCCAGGCCCUCUCUCUUGAAAGGGCCGGGAAACCCGACCAAAAAGGGAGAGGAGGGGAGGGGAGGGGAGAGAUGAGAAGGAGAGAGGGAGAAGGGGAGAGAUGAGAAGGAGAGGGGGAGAGAGGAGAGGGAGGGGGGGAGGGGGCUACAGAGCUCCCGAGAAACCCCUAUGAGCUGAGCCCUGCCUCUGAAUAAAGGGCAGACUAAAAAGGGUUUUCCAGCCCCGCCUUUUUGAAUUUUCCCCGGGGAAAAUACCCCAUUUUUUGGUUGGGUCCCAAAUGGCAAAUUAUUCCCUAUAUAGUCCCCUCCCCGGGGCAAAAAGGGCUCUCCCUUUGACCAGAGGGGGUCUCCCCCUUUACCAAAAGGGCUCUCCCCUUUUACCCGAGGGUCUCCCUUUUACCAAAGGGGGGCUCCCCUUUGGGCCAGAGGGCCCCUUUCCCCUUUUACCAGAGGGCUCUCCCCUUUGACAAAAGGGGCUCCCUUUUUACCAGAGGGGUCUCCCCCCCCGACCGGGGGGCUCUCCCCCUUUUUCCAGAGGGCUCUCCCCCGACAGGGGGGCUUCCCCUUUUUACCAAGGGGGCUCUCCCUUUUUGAGAGGGGGUCUCCCCCUUUUCCCCGAGGGCUCCCCCCUUUGGCAGAGGGGUCUCCCUGUUGGGGCAGAGGGUCUCCCUUUGUUGGGAGGGGCUUCCCCUUUUUGCAGGGGCUUUUCCCUUUGUGAGAGGGCUCUCCCCUUUUACCAGAGGGCUUCCCCCUUUUACCCGAAAGGGGUUCCCUUUUACCAGAGGGUUCCCCUUUUACCAAAAGGCUUCCCCCUUUUCCAAAAGGGCCCCUCCCUUUGACCCGAGGGCUUUUUCCUUUUGACCGAGGGCUCUCCCUUUUAAAGAGGGCUCUCCCCUUUUACCAGAGGGGGAUCCCUUUUUCCCCAAAAAGGGCCCCCUUUUCCCCUUUACCAGAGGGCUCUCCCUUUGACCAGAGGGCUCUCCCUUUGACCAGAGGGCUCUCCCUUUGACCAGAGGGCUCUCCCUUUGACCAGAGGGCUCUCCCUUUGGGCCCGAGGGGCCCCUUUUAAAAAGAGGGGGUUCCCCUUUGACAGAGGGGGGGUCUCCCUUUUACCAAAAGGGCUCUCCCCUUUUUGCAGAGCGGCUUCCCUUUGCCAUAGGGCUCUCCCCCUUUGUGCAGAGGGCUCUCCCUUUGUGCAGAGGGCUCUCCCUUUGUGCAGAGGGCUCUCCCUUUGUGACCAGAGGGCUCUCCCUUUGACCAGAGGGCUCUCCCUUUGACCAGAGGGCUCUCCCUUUGACCAGAGGGCUCUCCCUUUGACCAGAGGGCUCUCCCUUUGACCAGAGGGCUCUCCCUUUGACCAGAGGGCUCUCCCUUUGACCAGAGGGCUCUCCCUUUGUGCACUACAUAGGGAACAGGCUGCCAUUUGGGAUUCAUCCUUUGUCUCUGCCUCAGACAUGAUCAGCUUAAUCAAUCCUGUUUCUGAUUGUCUAGAGGUAGACGUGGUUGUUCCUCUUCUCUCUCUCUUCUUCCACAGGAUCUCUGCGUUAUCUCGUACCAUUCAGGACCAAGAGGAAAAGGAAGAACGCCAGGAGGAGGAGAGGAAGAUGGAGCGAGGGAGGGCUUUGGAGAAGCGUGAGAACAGAGAAAAGGAGUGGGAGAGACAGAGAAACACAGAGAGAACUCUAGAGUCUGUCUGUCAGGCCGUUCUAAAACUGGUAAGACUGACCACAGAUCAGAAAAUACAGUGCCUUCGGAAAGUAUUCAGACCCCUUGACUUUUUCCACAUUUUGUUACGUUACAGCCUUACUUCUAAAAUGGAUUUAAUCAUUUCCCCCCCUCAUCAAUCUACACACAAUAGCCCAUAAUGACAAAGCAAAAACAGGUUUUUAGAAAGUUUUGCAAAUUUAUAAAGAAAAUCACCUGAAAUAUCAUAUUUACAUAAGUAUUCAGACCCUUUACUAAGUACUUUGUUGAAGCACCUUUGGCAGAGAUUACAGCCUUGAGUCUUCUUGGGUAUGACGCUACAAGUUUGGCACACCUGUAUUUGGGGAGUUUCUCCUAUUCUUCUCUGCAGAUCCUCUCAAGCUCUGUCAGGUUGGAUGGGGAGCGUCGCUGCACAGCUAUUUUCAGGUCUCUCCAGAGAUGAUCCAGAUCCUGACUAGUCUCCCAGCCUCUCCAGAGAUGAUCCAGAUCCUGACUAGUCUCCCAGUCUCUCCAGAGAUGAUCCAGAUCCUGACAAGUCUCCCAGUCUCUCCAGAGAUGAUCCAGAUCCUGACUAGUCUCCCAGUCUCUCCAGAGAUGAUCCAGAUCCUGACUAGUCUCCCAGUCUCUCCAGAUAUGAUCCAGAUCCUGACUAGUCUCCCAGUCUCUCCAGAGAUGAUCCAGAUCCUGACUAGUCUCCCAGUCUCUCCAGAGAUGAUCCAGAUCCUGACUAGUCUCCCAGUCUCUCCAGAGAUGAUACAGAUCCUGACUAGUCUCCCAGUCUCUCCAGAGAUGAUCCAGAUCCUGACUAGUCUCCCAGUCUCUCCAGAGAUGAUCCAGAUCCUGACUAGUCUCCCAGUCUCUCCAGAGAUGAUCCAGAUCCUGAUA